AUGGCCAAGAAGAAGGUUGUUGAGCGGUACGAGGGCGACCAAAAUUACCAAUUUUUACACGAACGCGUAUCGGAUCUUUUCGCGGAGAAGUUGAAGUCUGAUACUGAAAAAUUGAAGAAGCAGGACAUUCACGAGAUAAGCUCGACGUCCUAUUUCUGCCCUUCCAUCGACUCCUCCAUGGAGCGUGCCACAUUGCUGUGUGAAAGCGUUGCGAGAAAGAUUUUCCCGCGAGAAUCGUCCCCAGAAUAUCAAGUUGUUUCGGAGGCCCGUUACGCCUACAGAGUCCGAGACCGGCUCAGGAAGGAGGUACUGGUGCCCUUGAUCAAUGCCUUGGAUUAUUUUGAUGAUUCAGGAACAAAGCCCUGUGCGGUUAAGAAGUAUUUGGAGGACGUCAAAGGAGGCCACGGAGGUGGCAAGUGCAACAUUGCUGCGGGUGCUCUGCUUCGAAAUGACAUCGUAGGAUAUGCGGAUGAUGUGGAUGUGGGGCAAGUGGCUGAGCUUCAGUGGAAGGCCAUGGUGAUGGGGUUUAAAAAGCAGGGGAAGCUGAACAACUGCUUGGCUGUAUGCGACGUGUCUUCGUCUUCCAUGGCGGGGAUCCAAAACUACAUGGAUGUGUCGGUGGGUUUGGGGCUGCUGUUGUCUCAACUGAGUGAAGAUCCAUGCUGGAAAGGGAAGGUGAUCAGCUUCAGUCUAAACCCUGAGCUGCAUUUGGUAGGAGGGGAUGAUCUCAAGUCCAAGUGCGAGUUUGUGAGAAGGAUGGACUGCGGCGGCAGCAAAAUUGAUUUGCACAAGGUGUUUGAUUUGAUUCUGGAAGCGGCUGUGAAGGGGAAUUUAAAGGCAGAGCAGAUGGUGAAGAAGGUGUUUGUGUUCACCAACACAUGCUUUGAGGUGGCUAAUUCGGGCAAUGAUAACAAGAAGAGCUGCUGGGAGAGUGAUUAUAAAGCAAUACGGCGCAAGUUUAAGGAGAAAGGGUACGAGGAGAAUGCGGUGCCGGAGAUUGUGUAUUGGAAGUUGGACAUGCUGGUAGUGCCUCGUAGACGACCAGGGCUCGCCAUCUUCGGUGGCUUCUCCGCGGAUUUGCUAAAGCUGUUCUUGGAUAAUGACGGCCAAGUUAGCCCAUACCAUGUAAUGGAAUGGAAGCAGCCAUCUCUCCCAAACACUAUCAAAAUCUGGGCGUAG